CCCUCACGACAAAGAGAGAAACGCGUGGAGCAGAGAGCCAGACCCGGAGAGACUGAGCUGAAUAAUCCGCUGGAAAGAGAGAGGAUUGGAGGCAAAGGAAGAGAGGAGGCAGGCACGGGGCUGUGCUUUGGUCCAUCAAUCCACGAGGAGCGAUGGUUGAUCCGUGGAGUUUCACGGAGAAGUUCAGCUGUUUUUUGUUUGCAGCAUUUGUCCUGACUUUAAGACAGCGGCGCUCUACUAAUGAUUCUUCUUCUGGAAGCACUUUGCACUAAAGCGUUGCCAAGUCACCAGGUUAGAAGGAGGAGCAGGAAGAGGUGACGCAGUGACUCCCACUAACCAUGAACAAUGGCACCAACAUCAAAGUUCUAUCCCAGAGCCAGAGUGAUGCAGCCGUCAGUUCGGGUCUGCCUUUACGUCAAACUAUGAUGCAUCUGCCAAAGAUGGAUUCCAAGCAGUACAGCGGCCUCCCCAUUCCCGCAGUGCAGCAUCAGCUCACUGCCAGACAACAACCUGCCUAUUUUUCAUCAUCCGCUUCCUCAGGUCCUGCAGACGUGGUGAGAGGUAAAGCUUUAAAAGCAAACCUACUGCGACAAAAGACUGGCAUGUGUUCUAAUAGAGGCCCAGCUGCUACAGAGCGAACCAAUGGGACGUGUUCGGCAUACAGCAGCCCUCAGAUACCAAAGAGGGACGUUCCUCGUUCCAAAGACACGUUGGACCUCCAAAGCAGUGCCCUGACACAUAAGGCUCUGAGAGACCUACAGUUAAGGAGAAACACCAACAAGAACUGGACCUUUGGAAAAAGCCGUCUAAGGAGUCUGGACAAUGCACGAGAGGGGGAAACUUUUCCAAAGCUCUCAGCUGAUUUUCACUCAGGCCAAGAAAGAGGGCGCAUUCUUUAUGCAAAAGGAACAAAUGGGAAUGAAAAACCACGUCCUUCUUCUGCUCGACUGGAGCACUUCCAUAGAGAAGUGAGGAACAUCUCAAACAAGGACAUGGGGGGCUUUGUGGGGGAUUCGCUUGGCAACAAAUCAAGGGAUUCUUACCAGAAGUUUAACAUGAAACGAAGAGGGAGUGAGCCAGGAAAGAUCAACACGGCUGCUGUUGCUCCUUUUACGUUCAGGUUUCAGGUCGGUGAAGAUGCAGAUGCUACCCUGGAUGAUCUGAGCGACUGUUCCUCUGAUUCCAUGGAGGUCUGCUGUGAUGAUUUAGAUCCAGAUUCCCAGAGGAAGCGGACCGUGCAGAAUGUUCUGGACCUCCGCCAGAAUCUUGAAGACACAAUGUCGAGUCUGCGGGGCUCCCAGCUGACCCACAGCUGUCUGGACAGCAGCAACCCGGGUUACGACAGUGAUGAGACCAAUGCUCGCAGCAUUUCCAGCAUGUCUAACCGCUCUUCACCUCUGUCCUGGCGCCACGGUCAGUCCAGUCCUCGCCUUCAGGCUGGCGAUGCCCCUUCCUCCACGGUUGGCGGAUACCACGGCAGUAAGAGCUCCUCCCAAUACACGGCUCAUACCAUGCCUGCUCGCUGCUCCAGCCGUCUCAGUAGCACAUCUCGCAUCGAGCUCAUUGAAGGCCUUGACGACGAUCCUGACCUUAAGUCUGGUUACCUGAGUGAUACGGACCUUCAAGGCAAGAGCCUGCCAGAUGAUGACGAUGAUAACUUGGCUAACGGCUGGGAUGAAAGUAGCUCCAUCAGCAGCGGACUCAGUGAUGGUGACGGUGAUGGUUCAGAGAAUCUCAGCUCAGAGGAAUUUAAUGCCAGCUCAUCUCUGAACUCCCUGCCCAGCACACCUUUGGGAUCGAGACGGAGCUCUUCUGUUAUGCUCCGCACCGAUGCAGAGAAGCGAUCCCUGGUGGAAAGCGGCCUCUCUUGGUACAGCGAGGACGGCAAAGCCAGCCACAAGCUGGACAGCUGCAGCUUCAACUCAGGAAGCCUCAAAACAGAAGCGCCGAGCAAGUGGAGAAAGAAGCCGCCGAGCCUCAGCGAAGACUUUGGCCUUAAAGGGGAUCUGAAGAAGCCUCAGAACUUGGGUCAACCGGGAAGCUUCAAGAAGGGCAGAAAUCCUCCGGUGGGCGUGACCUCCCCCAUCACACACACGUCUCAGAGUAUGCUCAAAGUGGCAGCACCUAAAAGUGAGAAACCUCUGGACAAAUCCAAAAUUUCCAUCAAAACCGCUGGCCUGCAACGGUCCCGUUCGGACGCCGGUAGAGAUAUCCACGGGGAGCACCGCAAGCCCCCGUCAGGUUUGGUCAAACCAUCCGCCGGAGGCUCCUUUGGCUACAGGAAACCGUCAGCAGCCACCGGCACCGCAACAGUUAUGACAGCAGGGGGCUCCCACAUCCCCGGGGGCUCUGCCACCGUGGGGAAAACUCCCAAGUCGUCCGGCAUCCCUGUCAAGCCCGUCGGCGGAGGAACCAGCUUGAGCAGAAAGAACAGUUUCGAUGCCAGCAGCGAGCACGGCUUCCUGGGGCCAAACGCCCGAAACAGCAUCCAGUACCGCAGCCUUCCUCGGCCAGCCAAGUCGAGCACUCUGAGUGUGAUUGGACGGCCAGCAGCUCGCCCUGUCAGCGGUACCAUUGACCCCACUCUGUUGAGUUUGAAGCCUGUGCCCAUGGCCUCCACAGGGCCCAGGAUGAAGGAGCCAAGCGGCUGCGGUGGUAAACUGAUGAGCAGAACGAGCACGGGCCCGGUGAACCAGACAGACAGGGAGAAGGAGAAGGAACGGGCCAAGGCUAAGGCUGUCGGUGCCGAGCUGGACUGCGGCUCUCUGAAGGGAGAGGACGGCCAGUCCGAGUGUGCGGGAGAGUCUUCGGUGAAACUGCACGGUCUGAGACGGACAAGCAGCAGCAGAUACCACGAACUGUCCUCGCCCACAACACCCAGGAUGCUGAACACUAAGUCUCUGGGUCGUCCGCCCAGCUUGGCUCACCUGGACAAGAUGAAUUCGAACAGUCUCGACUCGUGCGUGACCAUCCAGGACCUUCCGCCUAAAAUACCACCGUACUCUAAGCUUCAGGACUUGGCUGCUUCCCACACAUCCACCCGUCUCACUCCGAGCCCGGCGCCCGUCCUCCACAUCGAUUCUCCCUCUUACACCAGCGAAAGCCUGAGCUUGAGCGGAUCCCCCAUGCUUUACCCCAAACUGUCUGGCAUGCACCGCAGCUUGGAGUCUUUGCCCCUCCAGAUGAGUGUGCCCUCCAGUGUGAGGCUGGUGCCGCCAGAUACCAGCGACAAGGAAGAGAGGGGAGCAGCGACCUGGAGGGGAGGGAGUAGGACAUCGCUCAACCUCUCCGAAAGCUUGCAGACGGACCGGAACACUUUGCCGAAGAAAGGCUUAGAGCGCUACGGCUCGAGCCUCUCAGACAGCGAUGGAAGCAAGCCGGGAAGGCGUCACUCUCACACCAUAGUGAGCAUGACGGAGAGCAGCACCCCCCCUCAGCUGCCUUCCCCCACCCGCCUUCUCCACCCUUCCUCCAGCAAAGCGACUCUGACGAACAUCGUUGCCCCAAUUUCCUGCGGCAGCCCCAGGAUAUCACGCUCCAACAGCACAGGCCCCCCCGGCGAAUCCGCCUGCGAUCUGUACGGAUCCUCCCCCCUGGGCAGCAGCAUGUCUCUGGCCGACCGGCCAAAAAGCAUGCUGCGGUCCGGGUCCUUCCGCGAACCCGGGGAGGACGUGCAUGGUUCUGUGCUCUCUUUGGCGUCCAAUGCUUCAUCUAACUAUUCUGCGAAUGAGGAAAGAAUACAAGGCGAGCAAAUCCGCAAGUUGAGACGAGAGCUGGAGUCGUCCCAGGAAAAGGUGGCUGACCUGACUAUGCAGCUUUCUGCCAAUCAGCUAGGCCAGGCCAAUCUGGUUGCAGCGUUUGAGCAGAGUCUGGCCCUGAUGACGGCCCGCCUGCAGACUCUGUCGGUCUCCUCCGAACAAAAGGACUCCGAGCUCACCGAACUGAAGCAGACCAUUGAGGUCCUAAAAGCCAAAAACACAGAAGCCCAAGAGAUCAUCCAGACGGCUCUCAGUAACCCAGAAAUCACACCUAAAGAGCUGCUGAUAAAUCGACAGAACUCAUCAGAGAGCAUCUCCAGUCUCACGAGCACCACGAGUCACUCCAGCAUGGGAAGCCUCAAGGAGCAGGAGGCCAAGAAGAAGAAAAAGAAGAGCUGGGUCUUUGAGCUGCGUAGCUCCUUCAACAAAGCUUUCAGUAAGAAAGGCACAAAGUCGGGGCCGUAUGCCGACAUCGAAGAGAUCGCCACUCCGGAGUCCUCUGCACCUUCUUCCCCGAAGGUCCACAUUGUUGGAGAUAACCCUCAGCAGCCGUUAAAAUCCUCCGCCUCUGCUUCGUCGGCGGGACUUUCUGAUGGAGAUGACGUGGGAGAUGAUAAAGUCGUGACGGAACUGCGCUCAGAGCUGUGGGAGAAGGAGCGAAAGCUGACCGACAUCAGGCUGGAGGCCUUAAGCUCUGCACAUCAGCUGGAGCAGCUGCAGGAGGCCAUGACCAACAUGCAGAGGACAGUGGAGAACCUGAAGACUGAGAACGAUAAGCUGAAGACAGGUAGUCUGUCUCCCUGUCCGUCUCCUGGACCCUCCAGCUCUGUGUCUCAGUCCUCAGGUCUCACAGCCCUGGGGAGUUCAUCCCCACGUCAGUCAGUAGCCUUGAACAUGCCCAAAAGCUACAGCAGAGGGCUGAGCGAGGCGAGCAGCGCAGUAGAUGUCCACCCUGCUGAUUCCCUCAGCCUUCCCUCACAGAGAGACGAUCAUCGUGUGAAAGUGGUAGUUUGUGUUGCAGAUUUACGGGUUUUUAAAGACGAGGCUAAACCGCAGGAUUUCUUCAUCGGUACUGUCAGGGUGAAUGGGAGGAUGGACUGGGUCAUGUUGGAUUCUGCUGUCAGCCAGGCUUUUAAAGUCUAUAUAGCGAAGGUGGACCCCACCUCUAGCCUUGGUCUUUCUACCGACUCGAUCUACAGUUACAGCAUGGGCCACAUUAAAAGGGUGCUAGGAGGCGAAGCCCCAGAGACACAGCCAUCCCGUUGCAUGUCGCGAGGCCCCGGCGGCAUCACAGUGGCGCUAAAAGGUUUGAAAGAGAAGUGUGUGGACAGCCUUGUGUUCGAGACCCUCAUCCCCAAACCCAUGAUGCAACAUUACAUAAGCCUCCUGCUCAAACACCGCCGUCUCAUCCUGUCCGGACCGAGCGGGACGGGCAAGACGUACCUUGCGUCCCGGUUGGCCGAGUACCUGGUGGACCGCAGCGCCCGCGAAAUCACGGACGGCAUCGUGGUCACUUUUAACAUGCACCGGCAGUCGUGCAAGGAUCUGCAGCUUUAUCUUUCUAACCUGGCCAAUCAAAUCGAUCGGGAAAGCAGUUCAUCAGAGGUCCCGCUGGUGGUUAUUUUAGAUGACGUUCACAAUCCAGUUUCCAUCAGUGAACUUGUUAAUGGUGCUCUUACCUGCAAAUACCACAAAUGUCCUUAUAUUAUUGGAACAAGCAAUCAGCCGGUGAAGAUGACGGCCAACCACAGCCUGCAUCUAAGCUUCAGGAUGGUGACCUUCUCCAACAACGUGGAACCAGCUAAUGGCUUCCUCACACGAUAUUUGCACCGGAAGCUGUUGGAGUCCGAAGAUGAAAGGAGUUUAACCAACGAAGACCUGAUCAGGGUUUUAGACUGGGUUCCCAAACUGUGGUAUCAUUUGCACACCUUCCUCGAGAAGCACAGCACGUCCGACUUUCUCAUUGGCCCUUGCUUUUUCCUGUCAUGCCCAGUUUCAGUUGAUGAGUUUCGGUCUUGGUUCAUUGAUCUGUGGAACCACUCUAUUAUUCCGUAUCUGCAAGAAGGAGCAAAAGAUGGCAUCAAGGUCCACGGGCAGAAGGCAGUAUGGGAGGACCCGGUGGAGUGGGUGAGAGGUACCCUGCCAUGGCCGUCCGCGCAGCAGGACCAGGCCAAGCUCUUCCAUCUACCUCCUCCAAGUAUCAGCUCCAGCAGCCCAUGUCAGUCCAGUGAGGAGCGUCCUCACAAAGAAACUCCACCCAGCUCUAUGGAAUCGGAUCCUCUGAUGGCAAUGCUUCUGAAACUUCAAGAGGCCGCCAAUUACAUCGAAUCUCCAGACAAGGAAGAUCUGCCUAAACUUUGAACCGAGGAACCCGCUCUUGGCGACCCAGCACUAAAGAUUUUAUUUAACUGUAUGUGUUUCACUGUGUCGGAGCAGUGCAGAAUCAGGAAGAAGUCAACCUCAAAACAUGAAAGGGUUCCGUUUAGCGACCGUUGCCACAAUGUGAGGAUGAAGCUUUUACAGUUUAGAUUCAGAUUAUUAAGUCACAAAAAGCAUGGACACUAAAGCUCUAUUAGAUAGAAGGUUAUGUUCAGUAACAAGAUUAUAUACAACAAUUUCCCACCGCAUCAGCGCUCAGUACUAUUAGAUUGGUGCUAACUGUUUACACCGACCAUCCUGUUUUCUCCCUAAGUGCAACCUGGGAUGCUGAGUCCUCAUCAAACGACUCUAAUCUCGCCGACGAUUACCUUGCUUUGAAAAAGAGUAUGACAGCAUGACAGACACUACUGUUCGACGCAGACGUUUUUACUACAUAUCUACUGUGUUAAGAAAGCCUCUGAGGGCUCAUUCUUGAUACAUAUGCAAUCCUGAACUUUACAACUCAAGCAGGUGAAAAAAAGAAAAUGCCUUAACAGCAGAGAUGUUCGUUUAACCUCAACCUAAGCAGAGUUCCUCUGGUGCUUUCCUCAAUAUUAUCACAGCUAUCACAGUCAGGAACUGUUUAUUUCCCCAGAUCUCUGUAUUUUAGCAUUUCAGUUCAUCCUUAUUGCUUUGUAACAGAACAAUUCAACUUUCAGUCUUUUUCGGUUUUAUAGGAACUAUUGCUGUCAUACUCUUUUGUUUAAAAAAAAAAAAAAAAAAAACUGAGCUUGAAUAUCAACGAUGUGAUUUAAUUGCUCUGUGGCUUUGCACGCCACUUUUACGACGCACUUAUCAUAGUUUUAUUCCAUAGAAGGCUGCCAUAAAUAUCAGGUAUGAGAUACUUACUACACAGGGAUAAUAUAAGAUGAGAAACGCCGUUUGAUGACAUCAGACGCGUGAAUGCUUACUGAAUCCAAUUCAGAUUGUAUCUUAGAAAGAGCACAUUUGUUUCAAAUGUUUCCCAUGAGAUAUAUAUAUAUAUAUAUAUAUAUAUAUAUAUAUAUAUAUAUAUAUAUAUAUAUAUAUAUAUAUAUAUAUAUAUAUAUAUAUAGCUCUGUACAUACAAACAGGCUGUGUUGCAGUUAAUCUGCAUUAGUUGGUGCAAAAAAAAAAAGAGUUAUACUGAACCAAAUAUUUUAUUUUAACCUUGCAUAUUGACUGUCAAGUUAGGAGUUUUAAGUUCAGCUAUGAAUGUUUAUCAAACACUUAAGUGUACAAUGGUAUCACGUAGUAGGUGCUUUUAAAAAGAGCCUUAUUUAAGAGCGACUGCAAAACACGUUUUAACGAUGGCUGACCCUGGAGCUGCGCGUGGGGAGUUCCUCCGCCGCAGUUCUUACACUUAACAAACUGAAACAGCCUCUCACCAGUCAUGCAUAUUAGUAUUGGUUAGCUCCUUAAACCUUGGCCCCAAACUGUUUUAGGGAUUGCAUUGCAGUGUAGGUUAGCAAAAGGUUUAGCGUCGUUCCUUUCACACCGGGCGUACGACCUACAUGUGAAACAGUGUUGAAGACGUUCUGAAGUCACGUGAGACAUUGUGUCGUGUUCUCCCUCAUAAAUGUCGUGCCGUAUUCUUUUGAGAAUAUUCUGGGCACGCGACACGGGGAAAAACAAAAAAAAAAAAGACAGUGUUAUACGAACACAGAUUAUUAGGUGCUCAAUGUUGAUUUGUGUAAAGAGGUCCUAUUAAAGUACAUGAAAUGUAGGGUAUAUGGUUGUGCAAUAUCCAUCAUCCCAAAGUGGCCAAUGUUUUAGCUGAUUGAAUGUGGUACCGCUUCAGUGACAGCGCCAUACGGAAGUGUAAACGUUCAGAUUGUGUUCCUGCUGCUCUGACCGGCACAAAACGAUGGAUUAGGGGGAUGAAUAACGUCAAUCAGCGGUGUUGCUGUAAAUAUUCCAGGUAUCAAACAGUGAUAGUGGCCGGCGGCCACAGUCCGGUCCGUUUCUACAGGUUGAUUAAAGCCAUCGGGUCCAGCUUUUCAUCUCAUUUUCUGGUUGUUGUGCCUGUUGCUACGUAUAAGCUGUGAUUUGUGUUUGCUUACUGGUGUUUCAGGACUAUGCAGCAACUUCUACUGGUGUCGACAAUUGGCAGAGGUCUUAACUUCGCAUGCAGCUGCUUUGUGUUCUCAUCUGGUCUUUUCUAAGUUCCUGAUUUGGAUGAAAAUGCAUCACAAGAAGAAGAACAACAACAAAAAAAAAGGAAUAGAAGCUUGUUUCAUCCAGUCGGACAUAGCCUUAAAGGAGUUAGGAUUUAAAGACAGGGUUUCAAUUAUAGGUAUGAAAUGUAAGAUGUUUGAUACAUUUUGUGUUUAUGAAUGGCAAAGAGAUGAAAUGUAACUUGCGCUCUAAAUUGUCACCAGGCAAUUUAAGAUCAAAUCAUGAGCCUAAAUCAGCUCUAAAUCUGAUUUCUUAGGCCAAUACAGGUUGCUGAAUAGUCAUAUUUUUGCAAAGCUUGUUAAGCUAGUAAGAUUUAAACAAAAGUUUUGCUGUUUGUAAUGUCACGGACGUGCAUAUGUUAAGGGUUCAUAGGUGUUGUAAAUGCAUGUAAACUUGCUAUGUGAUGAGACAAAAAAUGUUCACCUUACCAUUUACUUUAGGGGGGAAAAAAAUCUAGACAUUUACUUUUUUUUUAAAUACUCAAAUAUUUGAUAUUUCUGGGUUGUCUUUUUUUUUUAAUAAUAAUCCUUUGUAAAACUUGAUUUAUCUACUUUGUACAGGACGUCAAUGUAAAGACUGUAAAUACAGUUGGUCAACAUUCUGGAUGCAGCAACAAUUGUUGAGGAGGAGGGAAAACAAGACAGUAUCCUAUAGAAAUCUAUAUAUUUCACCAGAGUUGGGUCCAGCAGAAGGGUGAACGGUGCUCCUGAACUAGGCUUUCAUCCACUCAUCACUGUUUGUUGGCAUUUAAUAAACUACAUGUCAUAUUUA